CUUCCGGCCCGCUGUUCCGUCAGCGCCUUUCCCGGGCGUCUCUCCGCAACCUCUUCAACUUCCCAUGUCGGUGACGCGGCAGCCGACCAAAAUCUGACGGGACAGGGGCGCUGGGCGAGCUGAGCUGCAGUUGAAAGAAGAUGGAUGCACAGAGUUCAGCCAAAGUGAAUGCAAGGAAGAGGAGGAAAGAGGCAACCGGGCCCAAUGGCGCAACAGAGGAAGAUGGAUUUCCUUCAAAAGUGCCACGUCUUGGAUUUGGUUUACGGGAGCCAGCUCCUUUUUCUGAUGAAAUCGAAGUUGACUUUAGUAAGCCCUAUGUCAGGGUAACUAUGGAAGAAGCCACCAGAGGGACUCCUUAUGACCGGCCUGUGAGAGUUUAUGCAGAUGGAAUCUUUGACUUAUUUCACUCUGGUCAUGCCCGAGCUCUGAUGCAAGCAAAGAACCUUUUCCCUAAUACAUACCUCAUUGUGGGAGUCUGCAGUGAUGAGCUGACACACAACUUCAAAGGCUUCACAGUGAUGAAUGAGAAUGAGCGCUACGACGCAGUGCAGCACUGCCGCUAUGUGGAUGAGGUGGUGAGGAAUGCCCCCUGGACCCUGACACCUGAGUUUCUGGCAGAACACCGGAUUGAUUUUGUAGCGCAUGAUGACAUCCCUUAUUCUUCUGCUGGGAGCGAUGAUGUUUAUAAACACAUCAAGGAGGCAGGCAUGUUUGCUCCGACACAGAGGACAGAAGGUAUCUCCACGUCAGACAUCAUCACCCGAAUCGUGCGGGACUAUGACGUGUACGCCAGACGGAAUCUACAGAGGGGCUAUACGGCUAAGGAGCUCAAUGUCAGCUUUAUCAACGAGAAGAAAUACCACUUGCAGGAGCGGGUUGACAAAGUAAAGAAGAAAGUGAAAGACGUGGAAGAAAAGUCAAAAGAAUUUGUUCAGAAGGUGGAGGAAAAAAGCAUUGACCUCAUUCAGAAAUGGGAAGAGAAAUCCCGAGAAUUCAUUGGAAGUUUCCUGGAAAUGUUCGGUCCAGAAGGAGCACUGAAACAUAUGCUGAAAGAGGGAAAAGGCCGGAUGCUACAGGCCAUCAGUCCAAAGCAGAGUCCCAGCAGCAGCCCUACCCGGGAACGGUCCCCCUCCCCCUCUUUCCGAUGGCCCUUCUCUGGCAAGACUUCCCCACCUUCCUCCCCAGCAAACCUGUCCAGGCACAAGGCGACAGCCUAUGAUAUCAGUGAGGAUGAAGAGGACUGAUUUUCCAUCGCUUCUCCCCUCUUCUCCCUCUGUUUCAUCACCUUCAGAAGCUCUCUGUUGAAUUCCAAAUUGUGAUCCCAACACUAAACCCAAGAAUAGCUACAGAGGAAAGAGUACUGGGGCAAGAGGACCUGGGAUGGGGGAACCAACAGCCCAACCUCCAAGAGUCAUCAGUCGUCCACACCAAGGAGGCCGACUGCACCUUAGAAGCCUAUUCUGCACCCAUCUACCCUCCCCAAGGACUUUGAUUUACUAUUUGUGUUCAUGUGAUCUUGACAGGGAAAUUGUCAUUUUUAUCAAUUUUUUAAAAAAUUAGUCUUUCAAAUGUAGUAAGUAGAACUAAUAUUUUGCCCCUGAGGAGGAGGCAGAAGAAGAAAGUGGUGUGAUGCCCCAGAGGCCUUUCUUCCUGACACUGUAGUGUUUGCCUUCUGUUCUGAAGCAAACUGACUUGCCAAAUCCUUCAAGCAAUGAGCCAUGCUGAUGGGUGGUUUUGGGGGGGGAUAUCAUAAUUUUGAUUUCCUUAAAAACAAAAAGCCGAGUGAUUGCAGUCAAAAAUCCCCUAAACAUAUUGCUGGCACAUGUGUCAGUGUGGCUGUGGGAAGAAGGAGACCUGAGCCUAACUUUCCUUACUCCCUGAGGAGUUUCUUAUUGGACACAAUGGGGUCCAUGAAGACACUGAUGGGGAUGGUAUGGCCACGUGGCAUCAACUCUGGUUUUCCUGCUGUGUUCAUUUUCUCAGAAAACUCUGCUACCCAGUUAUCCGGGAGCCCUUAUCUAUCUUUCCGAGCACUUUUAGGUUACCGUUAAUUGAGGAGGAGAGUGGGAGCAUACUUAAUCCUACAGAAAGUUUAGAUUAAUUUCCUACUGGGAGUAAGUUCCUGGCCUCACUACUCUCAUUUCAUUGCCGUUAUCUAACCUUUUACAGAGGAUACUCUGCAAAUGUCUGCAGUUUGCCCAUAGUCUGUUAAUUCAUCUUGCUCAUAGCCAUAUUGAGAGAGGUUUGCGCAGAACAAAGAGGCACACCCAGAAGGAAACACUUCCUUUUCUAAAGCAACAGACUUAUCUUGACCUCAUCCCCUUUUAAGAACGUUCUUCAUGGGAACCAGUGCUCCACGGAGAGUUUCUUUUCCUCUGAGAGAGCGCGGCAGCGGGCAGGGACUCCCUCCACAACCCCUCCAACAGGCCACAAAGUGUAGGCCCACAUUACGGAAGUUGGUUCUCUCCCUCACAUUUGCUCCCGUUUGCCUGGUCAUUGUGGUUCCACUUGUCCUGUUAGGUUGCUCAGGGGGACUGGCCACUUGAAUUUUGCAGCAAAGAAUGCUGAUGCUUACUUAACACUGUGCUGUUGAGCAGGAGUUCAUUUUUAACCCUCCAGCAUCCUAUCUCCUCAGCUACCUGACCUCGCAGAUCACCAACAGUCAGUACUCCCGGAGCUGGGCUCAGUAACCAGUAAUCACAUGGCUGGGCUCAGUAACCAUCAGUACUGCCGUAGCUGGGCUCGGUAACCAUCAGUACUCCCGGAGCUGGGCUCAAUAACCAUCAGUACUCCCGGAGCUGGGCUCGGUAACCAUCAGUACUCCCGGAGCUGGGCUCAAUAACCAUCAGUACUCCCGGAGCUGGGCUCGGUAACCAUCAGUACUCCCGGAGCUGGGCUCAAUAACCAUCAGUACUCCCGGAGCUGGGCUCGGCAACCAUCAGUACUCCCGGAGCUGGGCUCGGUAACCAUCAGUACUCCCGGAGCUGGGCUCGGUAACCAACAGUACUCCCGGAGCUGGGCUCGGUAACCAUCAGUACUCCUGUAGCUGGGCUCGGUAACCAUCAGUACUCCCGGAGCUGGGCUCGGUAACCAUCAGUACUCCCGGAGCUGGGCUCGGUAACCAUCAGUACUGCCGUAGCUGGGCUCGGUAACCAUCAGUACUCCCGGAGCUGGGCUCGGUAACCAUCAGUACUCCCGGAGCUGGGCUCGGUAACCAUCAGUACUGCCGUAGCUGGGCUCGGUAACCAUCAGUACUGCCGGAGCUGGGCUCGGUAACCAUCAUUACUCCCGGAGCUGGGCUCGGUAACCAUCAGUACUGCUGUAGCUGGGCUCGGCAACCAUCAGUACUCCCGGAGCUGGGCUCGGUAACCAUCAGUACUCCCGUAGCUGGGCUCGGUAACCAUCAGUACUGCCGUAGCUGGGCUCAGUAACCAUCAGUACUGCCGUAGCUGGGCUCGGUAACCAUCAGUACUCCGUAGCUGGGUUCAGGGGAAAAUUUCCUUAUGUGCAGACCCCACCCCCCAUCACUCAUAAAUACCCCUUGUGGGGGUGGAGUUCUAGUGUUUUCAGCUAAGAAAACCACCUUUUAUCUUGCCCUUCUGCUAGGGCUGUGAGCAUCCCAUAGCCUCCUCCCUGAACACUUUCUGGUAAAACCUGCUCCUCUGCCUGGGGGUCAGAGGCUAGAAUCACCACCUGCCCACACAGCAGAGCUGCCUAGGUUCUUAAAGCUCAGAUCACCCAGAGGGGCAGAGCACGGCAAAGUAAAGGAACAGAGUGGGGGAACCUCUUGUCCUGACGGUCUAUGAAAACCACAUUUCUAACUUUUCCCAUGAAGCGCUCUUUUACGGUCAAACCUGGUUCACAUGUGCUCUGACCUGGACUCCUGUCUUUGAAACAGUUCGUAUUUUCCCAUAUUAUCUGGCUUCACUGGGAUUGCAUAUUUUAACUUUUCUGCUUUGGGCUUUCCUCUUUGGGAAGUCUGCCUAUUUCCGUCUGUCUGCUUCUCCCUGGUGUAGAAAGGCAGUGAAGUCACUGCUGAAGCCCACCUGCUCUGCCCUCAAAGUGUACGUGUUGCCCAAGUGUUUGAAAAGGGAGAUCCCCGUCAUGUGCUUUUCCUCCCUGUAGUCACUCCUCUCAAGCCAGGUCUCUGCUCUGUCAGCAGGCUUCUUUGGGUGUGCCCUGCCCUUGGAGGAUGACUUUAGGGCCACCUGUGCACAUGCUCCCAGAAGACUGCCCUGCCCUCCUGGUGAGCCUCUGCUGCCCCCAUCUCCUGACACUAAAAUAUUUUCAAAUAAUUUUCACUGAAAGCAAAAAUUUUUAUGGUGUGGCAUGUUAGAUUCCUUGGGAAAAAUAUGAUCCUUGGUGCCGGACAAGGAUGGAUGGGUAGAGGAAGCUGUAGGAAUAAUGGCAUUAUUUGAUCAUAUGUACCUAAUUUAAAUGAGGUUAGAGGUCUGCACACUACUGCCACGCCUGUGAUCUAUAAAUCUGCAAAUAUUAAUGCUUGAGGCUGUGGAACUGUUUCUCUGAGUCCCACACAAGAAAGCAGUCAGCUCGAGUGAGGCAAAUAUGGCAGCGAUGGCCUUAAAAGUGGAUAGGCCUCAGAGCCACAAGCUAAAAAGAGGCUGGAGACAAGCCCUGGAGCUGGUGGCGAGGAGGGGCCAUUUCAGCAGUUUCUUCCUGGUGGGCUGGCCAGAAAUUUUGGUCUUUUCAUACAAUAGACUCAGGAGUCCUGAAGAAUAGAGGUCGAAACGUUAGGGGACUACAAGUGGAUAGUUUGUACUGCUGCAGCUGUCUGAUAGCUAGAGCCAAAGACCGUCAUUUUUGGGAGGAUUGGGUAAGAAGGUUGGGGAUGAGAGGAAAUUGGAAAUCCUGAAGAGGAGAAAAAAAUAUAAGGUAGGUCGAAAAAACAUUUUGGCCUUUUUGAUCACUGAUAACUUCUUGGGCAGCACUUGAGUUAAAUUGUUCUGGAAAUUUCCUGCACAGUGGUUCUUCACAGCGCUUUUGUUCUGUUUCUGGGUUAUCUUAAUCUGUGGGUGACUUUUUCUGGAGCUCAUUGCCUUUUUAAUCCUGUUCCAGGUCCUUUAUCUAAAAUCUGUCCAAAUCAAUUAUAUUUGGCUGCUUUCCUUUAAUUCCCGAAAAGCCAUAGCUUCGAAAUUUUCUGUCAGCAUGCACUCUCACCAGGAGAUAAACCCAUAGGUAGAAAGAACUUCCUUUAACAAUUUUUGUAACUAAGGGUAUUUUUUUUAAGCUCAUCAAUGUAAGUAUUUUUAAAGGUUAUAUUUCUCAAAGUCAUAACAAUGAUUGCUCUUGUUUUCUCUCAUAGAAUAGAUGGUCAUGGGAUGAAGAGUAAUCCCUUCCUUCUAUUUUUCCAAAUAAAGAAGUAGAACAUGUUCUUGAGAUUAAACUGUUAAAUGUUAAUUUUCUUAAAAAGUAAAAAGGAGGAUUUUUUUGUCUGCCAAAGUUUUAUAUUAGUACUCAGAUUGGGGUAGAAAACAAAAGCACCGGAUUUAAAAUUAAGUGCUAAACUGGGAUGACUGGGGUUGUGUUCCUUUGAAGUGGCUUUCCCCACCCUUCUUCUCUGGGAGGCGCUGACUGUUUUGAACAGAGACUUGAUGUGUUGUUGGUUGAGGAUUCGGAGAAGAGCGUCUGGGAAAGAAAUGCCAGCCUUGGCACGACUGUUAGCCUCACCACCAGUGCCAGUCACGGGAAAGUUGUCCUUCAUUAGUGUUCGGUAGAUUGUCUUUCCUGUCUGAGUGUUACUAACUUAGCG